AUGGCGGGGUGUAGAAAUGCUCAGGCUAACACAUCCUCCAGUCGCAGCAGUAGCCACAACUGGCCCAUCUCUGGCCUGCGCUGGGUGGGAGCCUCCAAGGAGCUCCUGCAUGGGGGCCUCAACCUGUUCCCCGUCAAUGACAGCGUGAGGGGACGCUGCUCCAGUCCAGAGAAGGAUGCUGAGCAGAUCGAGGAGGAACAGCUUGAAGACGAUGGUUCUGUCCAUUUCUCUGAGGGAGAGGGGAUGCCCAGGAGGUUCAGGCAUGACAGAGGAGACGUCCAGGAGGACAGGAAACUGCAGCGAUGCAGAGCUCAGCAAGCAGGGCCCAGUCCCCAGUCCCCCCCACAUAGCACUGAAAAGUUUGCUAGCUCCGGGAAACAGGUCCAAGCUGGGGCUGCCGACAGGACCUCGUCACACGACUCGGUCAUCUCCAAAGUGCCCUUAAGACUACAGAUCAAAGUUUGCGGCCAGAGGGGCAGUCUGGGAAUCAGCAUUGCAGGAGGGAAGGGCUCUCUGCCUUACAAGGAGCGUGAUGAGGGCAUCUUUAUUUCCAGAGUGUCGAAAGGAGGGCCAUCAGAAAAGGCGGGGGUCCACAUUGGAGACAGAGUACUGGAGGUCAAUGGCCUGGACAUGCAGCAGGUCAGCCACCAUGAGGCUGUCACUGUCCUGAGGAAUGCUGGGAGCUGCAUCAAGAUGAAAGUCAUGAGGGAGAGGACUAUCCCGCGCCUCCAUGCCUGCCGGGCCCAGCAGGAAAGCACUGUUGCCGUCACCGCGGAGACGGACAUUCUCAUGAGCUGGCAGCUUGUUGACCUGGAGGAUGGACGCCAGCGACCCAAGGCCAAGCAGCCAGGUUCGGAGCCCUCUGUGGAUUGUGACCUGACCAAAAGGAUUGCGGCUGGAAUCUGUAACGGCAAUGGAGGGUCUGAUCUGCAGAGCGAUCUUAAUUGGUCCUUCUUAAAAGGAGAACCGGAGGACUCGUUUAAAAGCAAUGCACUUCAAGUGGUGAAAAAUACCAUGACGAUACCUCGGAUUAUCCUCACCCACCCCUCCACCUCAGACGAGGAUGUAGAGCCCUUGACACAGGACCCUGGCAGUGAGCCAUUAGAGGACUUUGAAGAUCCUGACAGCCACAUCCACUCUGAGUGCUUUAACAGUGCGUUCUACCCCCCUUGACCACAUGCCUAAAGUUUGCAAUGUUGAAAACAACUCACUUGUUAUACACAAUCCACUGGGCACAGAUGUCAGUUCAACGUGUAGUUUUGAUUUACAUUUGGUUGAGUUGUAAAAUCAACAAAAAAAUGGCACCAUGUCAUUGGAUUUAGGUUAAAAGUUGGGUGAAAAAAAUAAGAAAUUCCCUUACGUUGAUGACUUUUUCCAAUCAGUUUUCCACAUUGAUUGAAAGUCAACAUAUUACAUUAUUUUGGUUGAAAUGAUGUGAGAACUGUCUUUCUCCUGUCUUUUGUAUAGAUUGACUUGUUUAAAAAAUGAUAUUCCAGCAAAAGAUUUGUUUACAUGAUUAAAAAACUAGUAAAAAUGGCUGUUGUCUUUGCACUGCUAUUUUGGGAUGAUUUACACCACUGUUUUGUUGAAUUAAUGUUGAUGGCUGCUACAGUAAAUGUUAAGACCAUGGCAGGAAUUAACUCAUUAACUUGUGCCAAAACUCUUUGUUUUGGCACAACAAUAGACUUGCUUUGCAUUGCAUCAGCCAUGUGGGAGACCAACCACAAUGAAUCAAGACAAAAAAUAGUAUUGUUACACUCCAGCUUCUCUGUCUCUGAAAGGGAGAUUCACAAAACAAAGGAUAGUUAUUUAGAGGAAAAAUAUCUGUACGACACUUAAAAUCUGUUGUGGACUUUCAAUUUAGAGGUUUGUGUUCAGUUGGGCAAAGUGUUAUUCUUCUAGCUACCUCUACCAAUGAGCCACUGAAGCAGAUGUUUUGGCAAAUGUUAUGCCCCCCUAGCCAUGAGAGAGAGAUGUCCUUUUACUCUCCCCAAUAGGAGCUUAGAUAAAAUGUCACAUGCCUGGUGUGACUAUACAGUGGGUGUGUCCCUACCGAGGCUCUGGAGACAGUCUGAACCCUGACCCCCUUCUCCUAACACCUGCAACCCAAUGCUGUCUUUUCACCUGGUGUCAAUAUUUCUAAUGUAUGAAAGGCCAGUCAGUCUAAUGUCAUAACCUCUUAAUACUUCUAUACUGGUCUGAGUCACUCGGGAAGGAGUCUUUCAUGUAGUAGUUGUGGUGAUGUCUUCAAAUGUACUUUGAAUUAAGAUAGUGUGAUGUUGCUAAAGAGAUAGCAAAUCAAUUGAUUUCACACUUCUCAGGUUUGAUGCCUCACCAAUGCCUUUGGUAUUCUCACCACCGUGUGUACACGAUGGCCACUGCUAAUGUUAUUUCUAGAAAAUUGUGUAUGAAGACUCUCGCCUGAGAGAAUAUUCUUGCUUACUCUUCAGUCCACGCCGAAAAGCACCAAUGUUCAGGUUAUGAUAUGUCAGUUGCGACAGAAAUCAUUCUAGGCAGCAAAGCAAUAAACCUCAGUCUUCCUUUAACAUUAUUCCAUCAAGUCUCUGCUGUCACUGAAAGGUAGCAUUGGUAUACCAGCAGAGGAGAGGCUUAUUGUGGAGAUAAUGAAAUAUUUAUGUUGUGGCCACAUUUUCUGCAAGAAUCUUAGCCAGAGUUUUUAGUUAUGCAUUGCCUCUGAAUAAACAUACCUUGUUUACUGAUUCCAAUCUGUGUAAAAUCAAAGAAAGAAUUGUACUUAACUGGUUACCUGCUACUGUACUAGAAUGUGGAACACUUUAGACCUCACUUUCCUUGUAAGAUAUUAUUUUAUUUUGAUGUUCAUUCUCACCAUUCUUAUAUUGCCAAAUACUUAAUUUCUCAAUAAAAAGUUAU